AUGGCCAUCAUCGUGGUUACCUCGCGCUCCGCCAACUCGCUGCUCAGCGCCGCGCCGGCCGCCGCCACCCGGCCGCACAGCUCCGGCGCCGCCGCCGCCGCCGCCGCCGCUGCCGCCAGCGCGCGCUCUCCUGUGGAGGCGGGCGGCGCGGGGGUGGCGACGGAAGAGGCUGAAGGCCCACUGCGGUUCUCAACACCUGCUGAAGCAGGGGGCCCGGCCUGCGACAGCACACCCUGUCUCUCUCUCUUCACAAAUUCCUAUUGCAGAGGGCAGAGCGCAGCAGCUGCGGCACCUGCGGCUACGGCUGCAGCGGCGGCGGCGGCGGCGGCGGCGGAGCGGGGCAGUGGCCGGCCGCGCCGUGACUCGCCGAAAGCAGCGGCAGCGGCAGCGGCAGCGGCAGCGCGCACCCGCCGCGUACAGUCGCGUCCGCUGCACUCGCCCGCCGCCAGCUCUGCUCCCCACACAGUUAGCUCGUCUGCGCAUCCUCCCACCGUUCACUUCAACCUUACAACAGUGUUCACACUCCUCUCCAUCGGCGCUGCAACCGGGCCGAGGGUUUGGGUGACAAGCCGGGGCGCUGCUCCUCCGGAAGAGGGCCCGUCACGCGGCGCGCGCCGCCGGCCACCGUCAAUUGUUCUCCGCUUUCAGCGCGCCUCUCCUGCAGCGGAGCGCGCAGGCAGCGGCGGAGCGCCGGGCCGCACCGCCUGGAUCGCUCCCCCUGCUACUGUCUCAAGCAUCGUUCGAAGCGUCGCCAUUGUCACCACUCCGAAAUUUGGACUCCCCCCAAAAGCUUUUUGA